AUGGCGACUGAAGAGAAGGAGGUGGCCGUUGCGGAGUCUAUAAUUGUAGAUAUCCAGAAGAAGAUCACGGAUGCUUUUGAGGUCUUUGAUCAUGAAUGCAAUAAAACUGUGGAUGUCAGAGAGAUUGGCACAAUUAUUAGGUCACUAGGUUGCUGUCCAAGUGAGGGGGAUCUACAUGAUAUGCUUGCAGAGGUGGAAGAAGAAGAACCAACUGGAUUUAUUCGUCUGGAAAAAUUUCUUCCUAUGAUGACUAGAAUAUUAAUGGAAAGAAGAUACCGGCCAAUUCCAGAAGAUAUUCUUUUACGUGCAUUUGAGGUUUUAGAUCAAAAUAAAUGUGGACAUCUUACUAAAGAGGAGUUGGUGAAGUAUAUGACUGAAGAAGGUGAGCCUUUUACUCAGGAAGAAAUGGAGGAAAUGCUCUCUGCUGCUGUGGAUCCUGAAACAAAUACUGUGCGCUACAAAGAUUAUAUUUCAAUGAUGGUUGUGGAUGAAAACUAA